UCUGGUGAGAUAAUUUGGGCAUUCAUCACGAAUAUUGCGACGCGAGACGUUGAACACUCGUUUGCUGUACUGUGGAUAUUUGGCGCCUAUAGGGUGCAUGUGCUUGCGUUUGAUUCUAUCCUGGAGGAAUUAUUCCACAAAUAUCUGGGCAGAGGAGCUGUUUGUGAGGCUCUAGCACGGAGCUUCUCGCGAUGUUUGAAAAGUUUAUCGCACCGGUGAUAAAUAAGGUCCUUGGCGAUUAUGUUGGAAAUUUGGAAAGUAAACAGCUGAGCAUUGGGAUAUGGCAGGGGGAUGUUGCGCUGCAUAACUUGCGAUUGAGAAAAGAUGCCUUGGAUAAAUUUAAUCUGCCUAUUGAAGUUUUGGAAGGUUACCUGGGGGACCUGACACUUAGCAUACCGUGGAAUGACUUGAAGAACAAGCCAGUAAAGAUUUUCAUCAACAAUGUUUAUUUGCUGGCGAGACCCAAAGCGGCUGGCGACUACGAUCCGAUCGAGGAAGAUGAACGGAUGCAAAAAGCAAAACAGGAACGUCUUGAAACCGCAGAGAUGAUCCUAAACCGCAAAAAGGAACCGCAGCUUGAGGGAAAACAGAACGAUACUACCUUCAUGACGCAGCUUGUGACAAAGAUCGUUGAUAAUCUGCAAAUAACAAUGAAAAACAUACAUAUCCGAUAUGAGGAUAGUUUGAGUAACCCAUCAAAUCCUUUCUCGGUCGGCAUUACUCUAGAAGAGCUCUCCGCGGUGUCAUGCGAUCAAAAUUGGCAGCCGGCAUUCAUCCAUGAACAAACUGACAUGAUUCGAAAGCUAUCUAGACUUGGGAGCCUUGCUCUGUAUUUUAACACGCAUUCUGAAUCAUUUUCCGGGAAGUCACCGGAGGAAUUUAUGAAGAUUUUCCAUGAAUCGAUCGCAACAGGCGAACGGAUUCCAAUCAAUCAGCAGUACAUCUUAAAACCAGUCUCGGGUACUGCAAGACUGAAAACUUACAAGAAACAACCCAUUGACGACGCACGUCACACUGCGUGGUUGGAAUUCGACGAGCUAGGCUUUGUCCUGGAUAGGGCGCAGUUCACAAACUCAAUCUCUCUACUGGGAGCAUUUUCGUCCUACCUUCGAUCACACAAGUACCGAAAAUUCCGGCCGCCGCGCACGAUUACACCAGUCAUGGACCCGAAAGCUUGGCUAAAAUAUGCCGCUAACUCGAUACUGUCCGAUAUACAUGAGAAAAACCGCCGUUGGACAUGGGCGUAUUUUGAGGAGCGGCGGAAGGAUCGUCUCCUCUAUAUCGAGCUCUACAAGCGCCAGAAAGAGGGAACCCAGUCCCUGGAGGAUCGAGUCCUACUUAGUGACCUCGAAAGAAAGCUGUCAUUUGAGGACAUCUUACUCUACAGAUCCGUCGCACUAUCGCAGAUGCGUAAAUCAGCACCUACUAGUCCAACCAAACUCGUCGAAAAGGAAACACCAAAGUCCACCACCUGGAGUACUUUGAGCAAUUGGUGGGGAGGAACAUCGAAAACUGAGGCAUCAAAGUCUGGAGAUAGUUUUCUAACAGACGAUCAAAUGAAGCAACUGUAUGAUACCAUCGAAUUUAAUCCAGACGCGCCUACCGCAGCAGUCGAGCUUCCUCAAGACGCGGUUCUCGUCAGCCUGCGGUCCCAUUUGAAAAGUGGCUCACUGGCACUGAAAGAUGCGCCCUCGGGUGCGGAUACUUCUCUAAUGUCUCUCAUCUUCCAAGACUUCCGUGCUAACGUGACGCAAUAUGUCGCGUCUUUGAUGGGAAAUAUUACCUUGGGCAAUAUGGUUCUUAAUGACAGCACCACCCCGGGGACUCUCUACCCGACGCUGAUACAGGCGAAAAAUAGAAAGGAAGAUUUAGAAGCCAAGGAGCUGCAAGGCCCCUUCUUCAAGAUGCAAGUUGAACAUAACCCGUUAGAUGGCCGAGCAGAUGAUGCCGUCUCGAUCGUGAUGUUACCUCUGCAAGUUGUCUAUAACCCUGUUGCCAUUAAUACAUUGGUCGGAUUUUUCACACCCCCGCCCUCAGAGUUUGACAUGGUGUCGACAAUUCAGGCCGUCGCGCAAGACACAUUUGAAGGAUUGACCGCGCAAACCAGGGCAGGGCUGGCUUAUGCGCUGGAGGAACACAAAACCUUGGAUCUUAAAGUGGACUUCGCUGCACCGAUCUUUGUGCUUCCUCAGAGUUGUACCGACAGCCAUUCAAUGAUGAUGCUAGUGGAUGCCGGCCAUUUCCUGUUGGAAAGCAAUUAUGUGAAUAAAGAAAAGAAGAAGGAGCUCCAAUUAAAGCACGGUGCCCUGCAUUCAGCCGAGGAUCUGGGUGAAUUAACAACUUUGCUUUACGACCGGUUUACGUGCCAGCUCUCAUCAGUGCAGGUGUUGAUUGGCCAAUCAUUAGACAGAUGUUUGGAGGAAGCUCUAAGUGAGAGCCUCAAAGGGGAACUUCACCUGAUCGAACGCGUAAACAUGAGCUUCGUUCUCGAGAUGUGCAUCCUCCCAAAACUUGUUGAUUUUGCUCGAAUGAAGAUAUCUGGCAACCUUCCGAGAUUGCAUCUGAAUUUAUCGGAUCGCAAGUACAAAGUAAUGAUGAGCAUCGUGGAUCUGAUUACCAACCGCUCGCAGCCGAUAGAGGACGGUCACUCCCAGCAACAAACAGAACCUGCUUCUGGAGCGCGUCCUUUACGCUGGAACUUGGUAGAAAAUGAACCAGAAGUGGUUGUCUACGAUGAUGGCGACUCUUUCUAUGACGCACCGGAGGAAAUGGAUGUGGACGCUCGGUCUGAGAUGACGGAUGAUUCAAAGGAUCGAGUUCUAGUGGAUCUUAGAUUUGAUGUCAAUCAUGCAUCCGUUUCCCUAAUGAAAUCCGAGAAGGACCCCCACUUACCGGAUCGACCGCUAGCUGAUUUGACAAUUGAUACGUUCGGAUUGAAUGUGCGCUCGCUAACACAUGAGCUGGAUGUCAAGGUGCGCAUUCGUGCCGUGGUAAUCGACGAUAAACUACAGUCUGAAGAGUCGGAAUUUCGUUAUUUGUUGGCGCCAACGGUCAGUGAUGACGCGGAGUCCAUUACGAGCGAUAAAUCAUCGGUGGAUCAAUUGAUUCGCGUCCGAUACCUGAGCAUGAAGCCGACUAGCGCGGAUUACAAAGGAAUUGAUCAAUCGCUGGACGUUUCUUUCGCGGCUGUGACAGUGGUGCUGACAAGCAGCAGUGUCCUCAUGUUGUACGACUUCAUUCUUUCUACUUUCACCUCACCCAACGAGAACCCUCCAAACCACCAGCAAUUGCAGGAUCAUACUGGGGAUGCAUCUGAUGAGGAUGCCGCGAUCGCCUCAGGCAAAACGACCUCCUUAUUAGUCAACGCAAACAUGAAGAGUAUCGCGUUCGUGAUCAAUCAAGAUGGCCAUCGCCUUGCAACAGCGCGAUUUGGAGAGCUGCAGACCUCGGUAUUAAUGAAAAAUAACGUUAUGUCUGUUACAGGUGGGAUUGGUGACUUAGCAGUGGUGGACGACGUUCAGAGAGUGGGAGAUGGACGUCUUUUCCGCCAACUCCUGGAAAUAGAAGGAGAAGAGCUCGCCCACUUCAAGUGGGAAACUUUCGAUAAACUGUCGCCUCAGUAUCCUGGGUAUGAUACGGCCCUGACGCUGAGAGGGUCUUCUAUACGAAUAACGUAUCUGGAGUCUUUGCUGCACGAACUCAUGGAAUAUUUCAGCAAGUUCAGAGACAUGCACGUACUCUUAGAGAGUGCUCGUAAGGCUGCCAUUGAAUCUGCUCAGCAAAUUCAAGAGGCGGCAGGUAAAUUUCAUUACGAUAUCGAGAUCCAGAGUCCCAUCCUCGAAUUUCCGAAAACAUCUCUCCAAUCGAGGGACACGCUUACAAUCUUUCCGGGCAUUAUAUCUGCGAAGAAUGUCUUCCAAACCGAGUUUGAUGGCACUGACAUCGAUACGGUCACAGCAACGGUACACAACAUGAAAGUCGCCACGUCGUUCAGCAAAGGUGCCGACGUUGAGCAACGACAGAUCCUAGAUAACGUAACUGUGAAUGUCAUCAUGAAAACUGCUAAUGGCUCUGAUUCUUCCAGCAUUCCCGAUUCCACCCUUGAUGUCACAGUCUCCGAUGUGCGAAUCAAGACUACGCAACGUCAAUAUUCGUUCCUGCUUGAAUUGGGGGAAUCUCUAACUCGCCUCGCGUCUUCUGAAGUGACCGAGCUACCAGAGGAGUCACAAUUAGCGAUAGUUGACCCGAAAGUCACUCCGUCGACCGUUGAACGUCCCAACAACCCACCUGCUGCUCGAGACAUUAAGGUGACCAUUCCUUCAAUAUGCCUCGAGAUCUUCAGGACCAAUCAUGACGAGAUGGACACCUCCCUUGCGCAAUUCGCGAUGAAUAAAGUCAUUUUUAAGUUUUCGGCUUCGAAGGAAGGUUCUUCGGAAGCCGAGCUGCAGGUGAGGACAUUCUCCGUACGUGAUACACGCCAAGAGAACCGUAAUUUCUUCCGGGAGAUUAUGCCAUCCGCCGGCCGCGAUGAAGAUCAAUUGGUAGUGCAUUAUUCGUCAUCCGAAGCGGGUAGCAAUACAAUUGCGACAUUGACUAGUCCUACAGUGAUCCUAAUCCCGGAUCAUUUGUUUCUGGUGCGCGACUUCUUUGUUAAACCCCUGGCUUCGAAAUCGAGCGAAGCUUCUGUUCAAAAGCAAUCUACGGAGCUGCAGGAGACAGAACCCAGUAAUGAAACCACAGCAUCAUACAGAGUGGAUCUCAUUGAUAUGGAACUAAUCCUUCUUCACACGGCUGAUGCUCCCUCUACGGAAGCAAUUAUUCUGUCGUCGAAACAUUUGGCUGUUUGCCACGAGCAUGUCACUACGGUCGGAAUCAAAGAAAUGGGAAUGUAUUUGUGCGAGAUGGAUAAGCGUGACGAGACUACUGUGCCAUUUAUUCAAGACUUCGACCUGACGCUGUCAAUGGACAACCGAAUGACGGCUCCUGGGCAUAGUUUGAGCAACAUCAAUGUCGAUCUUGCACCCGUUAUGCUCAGAGUCUCUUAUCGCGACAUGUUGCUAAUAACGGAGAUCGUAACGGGGGUUAACACUCAUUGGGCCGCAUCGAAUGCCGAAGGUUCCGCCGCCUCUGAUACAAGCACGGAAGAAACCCAGGUAGUUUCAGCGCAAGAAAAGGUCAUCAUGGCGCGAGAAAGGCUGCACGCGACUGUACAAGGAUUCAGACUUGUGUUGAUUGAUGAUCUCAAUGAUUUGCAUUUACCUAUGUUGGACAUCAUUAUGGACAAACUCGUGAUUGAUCUGGCUGACUGGACGUCUACAAUGCGGUUAGAGACUGCUCCAUCACUAUCCUGCAACUACUUCAAUGUCAAGAAUUCUCAUUGGGAACCACUUAUCGAGCCGUGGCAGUUUUUCAUUAACCUUGGCCGACAAUCUGCUACAGGAACGCUGUCGUUAGACGCAUUCGCUAGAAAACGCCUCGAGGUCAACGUGACACACACAUUUGUAGAAACUGUCCUAAGCACACUACACUUAUGGAACAAGCAAGAAAGGAGAGAUCUCACCUCUCGAAGAGGCAUGCACGCUCCCUACGUAUUUCGAAAUCGUACUGGUUACGACCUGUACGUCUGGGCAGACUCUGCGGAUAGUGGCCUAGAUACCGAAUUGAAACAGCUUGCCAAUGGACAAGAUAUGCAAUGGCGGUUCGAGGAUUGGCGAACCAUGCGGGAGAGAACAGUCCCAAUAUCGAACAAAGUGUCUCUCCAGUUGAACGGUCCCUCGUGGGAGACUUUGAAGGGCAUUUCAUUGGACCGGGAGGGAAUGAGAACUUACAUCUUACGACCCGCAAUCAAUCGUGUAGUCCAUCGACUCGUAUGUGAAGUGAAAUUGAAGGAUAACGUUAAAAUUGUUACAUUCCGUUCCGGAUUGGAGCUGCAAAAUGAUACUAGCGUGACUGUCGAUAUGGUGGUGGUGAACAGUAAGAAACAGCGCACGACUAAUGUCACUACCAUUGUUCCGGGGGAAGAGUUUUAUGUUCCUAUUGAGGCGUCUUAUUAUGAUAUGGUGCAAGUUCGGCCACACGGAUUUGGAUACGAUUGGAGCACAGAGAUCAUCUUCUGGAAAGAUCUGCAAAAACAGAAAGUCUCUCUAAUCACUUGCCGAUCCACUGAUCCCACGGCUCCCGCGUUUCGAUUUCAACUGAACUGUGUUUACACGCACGGUACAAAAGACAGCACGUAUCCAAUGAUGACAGUGAAGCUAUUGCCGCCAUUUCAACUAGAGAAUCUGUUACCCUACGAUAUGCGCUAUUCUUUGCACGACAAAACUGCAAGGCAGCAGCACACGGAAGUUCUGCGCAAGGGGGAUCUACAGCCUAUCCACACGGUAGAUCCUACCCAUCUGCUCGCCCUGGGCGUCGAGAUCCCGGACUCCGCUUAUCGACCCAGCGAAGUCGCCAUCAUCACGAACUCUGAACUUGAUUAUCGCGACGAGACAUUACGACUGGCUGAUCCAAAUGGGCAGCAGUUACUUUUGCGAAUAAAAUAUCAAGAUAAAUUGGAUAUGCGCGGUCGCACAGUCAGCAUCUACAGUCCAUAUGUUCUAUUGAAUAAGACGGGGGUGGACAUGAUAUUCAGCACACGAUCUUUGAUGGGCGUCACACGCUACACAAGCCCUGCUGCAAAUGAAAAAGAGGAGGUCAAGCCUCUGCUUUUCUCCUUCCCGAAUUUUGAACCACUUCGGUCGCGCGUGCAAGUCAAGGUUCUUCCAAACUCCGACUGGAGUAAGCCCAUUAGUUUCGAUGCUGUGGGCAGCUCAUUCGAAAUAUCUAUAUCCUCCUCGAAAACACGAACAGAAACACAUAUUGGGGCUACCAUCAGAGAGGGAGAAGGAAAGUACUUCCUCACCAAAGUAGUGACCUUUGCCCCACGUUUCAUUUUCAAAAAUAACAUGGAUGAGGAUAUACAAUUCCGGCAAUUUGGCGCCACCACAACUAGUCAUCUCCGCUCCCAGACUCAGACACCCUUACACACGUUGAACAUGACGGAAGGACCGCAGACGCAAAUGUGUAUACGUCUAACGGGGCUCAUGAAUGAAUGGUCAAAUCCAUUCGAUGUAACACAAGUGGGAAGAGUGUAUGUUAAACUGGGUCGCAUGAGUUCUCCUGAGCAAGAUUUGGUCCGCACCGAAGUCUUAAUUCAGGACGCCACAAUAUUCGUUAUAUUUGCCGGACGCGAGACAAGAUGGCCCUACAGAAUAGAGAAUCGCACGGACGUAGACGUUGACAUCUGGCAACAGGGAUCGAAAACACGAUAUAGGAUUCCCAAGGGCGAGGAGAGACCCUAUGCAUGGGAUUACCCGUCAGCUCCAAAAAAGACACUAAUCCUCAGUGCGAACGGACGCGAAAGAGAAAUCGAUGUAUUGGAAAUGGGACAGCUUGUGCCCUUCAAAUAUCCCGCGACUCCUAGUAGCAGAGGGGGAAUCAUGGCCAUACACGUAGUCGCCGAGGGCCCUACCAUUGUCGUCCGGCUCUCUCCAUACGUUGAGAGCAAGAGCGCAUUCAAAAAGAGCAGAUCUAAGCCGGAAUCCACUUCAUCGGAUGUUGACGUGAAGGAAACUUUCCAAAUGAAAAAGAAGGAAGCGAACAUGUUGAUGGCAGUGCAAGUACGUCUGGAAGGAAUCGGGGUGUCCUUAAUUAAUAAGGGGAUGCAGGAGCUCCUGUAUGCGUCAGCACGAAACCUGACAUUUGCCUUUACGGACACUACGAUGAAUCAAGCGCUGAGCUUCAGCGUCAAGUGGCUACAGAUUGACAACCAACUCUAUGAAGGUCUGGAGCCAAUCUUCCUCUAUCCGACGGUCAUUCCAAAGGAAGGAGAGGAGGACUACCAUCCGAUUCUUAUGACCGCUCUUUCGCGGUCGAAAGAUCCCUCCUACGGCGUGGAUUUCUUCGACUGGUUUACCAUACUGCUCCAGGAACUCUCCGUGGACAUGGACGAGGAAUUCCUGGGUGCAUUAAUAAGUUUCACAAAGUUCAAUGUACCAGGGUGGGAUGAGGAAAAAAGUACGCUCUGCGACACGAGCAUGUCAAUACCAGAGCCGCCGCUCACACGGGACGACAACAAGAUGUAUUUUGAAACGUUCCUGCUUCAACCGGUCCAGAUAAAUGUAUCCUUUGUCAGAACACAGACGGUUAAUAUCGAGGAAACGAGACCAAGGCACCACGGUGUAUUGGCAUUUGUGCUCGAUGUUUUGACAAUGACACUGGGCAAUAUACAUGAUGCCCCCCUUCGCUUGAAUGCUCUAGAACUGAAGCACGCCAACGUUACACUCAACCAACUUGUGGACCUUAUUGUGAGGUUUUACUCUCAAGAGCUUAUUGGACAGGUUCAUAAAGUAAUCGGGUCAGCGGAUUUCCUGGGAAAUCCGGUUGGAUUGUUUAACAAUGUCAGCUCCGGGGUUAGCGACUUCUUCUACGAACCUCUGCAAGGUUUUGAAAUCACAAGGCCACAAGAUUUUGGUAUAGGUGUAGCCAAGGGUGCCGCCAGUCUCUUCCGAAAAACUGUGUUCGGAGUAUCAGAUACGUUCUCCAAGUUCACAGGCAGCAUCGGCAAAGGUCUCUCGGUUAUCACAAUGGAUAGUGAGUUCCAACAGCGUCGUCGGCUGUCCAGUAUAAGGAACCGCCCUCGACAUGCUGUGUACGGAGUAACGACGGGUGCUACUUCAUUAGCCAGAAGCGUAGCAAGUGGGAUCACCGGAGUGGUGUCCAAGCCGUUUGAAGGUGCUCAAGAAGAAGGUGUCGGCGGAUUCUUCAAAGGUCUCGGCAAAGGCAUAGUGGGUGUUGUUACGAAACCAGUUAUUGGUGUGAUUGAUCUGGCAACGAAUGUUGGCGAAGGAAUUCGCAACACAACCACCGUUUUCGACACUGACCUCGACAGGCAAAGACUGCCCCGACAUAUCGGCAAAGACAUGAUCCUGACGCCUUACAACCCUAGGGAAGCUCUGGGAUUGAACUGGCUGAAAGGAUUAGAGAGCGGACGAUACUUUCAUGAAGACUAUAUUGCGCACUUGGAAUUGAGGAUCGAGGACCUAGUGGCGAUCGUAACAAAUGUUCGCAUAAUUAUGACGCGAAUCAAAAAGCUGAAGAUGGACUGGGAGAUUCCAUUCGAGGAACUGCAACUCGUUCGACCUGAAAGCGGGGGCAUUACUCUUAUCAAGAAGAGUCGGCAGCACGCGAGAGCCCGCGUUAUUCCAUGCCCCGACGCUGCUAGUGCACAGUGGUUUUGCGGUAUGCUGGAAGGCGCCUUCACCGACUUUAUUGAGCAAUACAAACCAUAUGAAUAGUCUCAACCAUCACAUAUUAUACAUUUUGUACUUAGGGCGAUAUUUCAAAUUGUAAUGCAACUCUCAUGUGUCCCA